GCGUCCCUCUUAAACUCCAUUGCUUCCGGCGGGAUAUUCACCCCGUAUUUGACCGAAUUCACCACCGUAAUCGGUCUCAUCCGACCCUCAUCGACCUCCCUAAUCGCAUAGCUUAUGCCGGACAGCUCGCUAGUGGUACCCCAGCGUAG